GUGUAGAAUGGCCAUCGGGCAGAAUUACCAUCGAGCUGAAUGGAGGGAGCAAUCAACAACGAAGACGGAUUGCAGGUGCUGGAAACUUUGGCACGGCAGCUCUUGGCCACCAAGCUGCAGCAUCAGGUGGCGUGUGACUUCGCCCGGCGCCUGCGGUCUGCAGGUCUAUGCACCGCUAGCUUGGCUGACAAGGAGAAUGCAGUCCCAGCUCGACCGGUGCACGCACAGGAGGAAGAGGAGCUAUGCAAGUUCCUUUCGAAGCUGAAGGCAGAGCUGAAGGCAGAGCAUCAUCGCUUUCCUUUGCCAAAGAAUCCAUCUCCGUCGAAGUCCGUGUGUGACACUCCAGAGACGGCAAAGUUGGCGUAUCCGGAAAGUUUGGUCUCGACUCCAUACCUGGAGUGGAAAAGCCCUGGCUCACAAGACCGCUUCCAGCGCUUGAAGCAGCUCGAAGUUCGAGGAUCACAAGGACACGCAGCGCGUACAGAUCUUGGAGGGCUUGUCAGCACGGUGAGGACAGAGGAUGUGCCGUUGCGAGCCUUGUGGAAAGAGUUCCAAGCCUUCGAAACUCUGGAACCAGCGCCCGUACCUGCGGUGCCCACGGUGCCUCCGGCCUCGACACCAGCCCCGAAGCCACGCUUGCCAUGUAUGGUGAAUUUGGAAAAGCAAGAGAAGCACUUGGAGCAGAUGAACAUCCUCUUGAAUCGCAUGGAGGAUCUUCAACCAUGUCCUGGGACCCCUCCGCUGCUUCAGAAUCUUCAGAUGCCAUCACUUGGAACACCACCGCUCAAAGAACAGCCGUGCCAAGCUCAUACAUGCCCUGCAAGCUCAAAGGAGGACUUGGGUACGCCGAGCUCCUGUUUGAGGCUUUGACAUGGGACACAGCCAUGUCACCGUUCCCCACAGCCGCCCCAAGUCGCAGCCAAACUGGCACGUCUUGCGUCGCUUCAAACGAACUCUCAUGGCGACAAAAAGGACCUUUGGGAACGAAAGAAUGAACAAACUCAAGGUGUCUUUGCUUGCAGGAGAGCUCGCAGCAGGCUAUCCCAGUUGCGGCAGGGCCUCAACACCUGAGAGAGGCUUGCUGGCCUUCGUUGCGAGUGCUUCGUCACUGGCCAUAUUUUUUGGUGUGGCAGAUGCUUGCACCGCUCCACUGCUCCAAACGUGAAGAUCACACCGAACGUGAAGAUUUCUCGCCAUGCAGAUCACAAGCAUGAGAUUUUUUUCUUGAUUGUACAUCCAGAAGAUGUGGCUGUUGGGUAAUGGCACUGUACAUACUGCUAGCUUUGUGUGCCACUGCCUGCUCCACGCGGCGCACAUGCCUAGACCUGUGGGGGAGCACAGUUCUGUGUCCAGAUAUGGGGGUGGCUGUUCAGGCAUGGGGAAGAGCAGGCAAAAGGACAGCACAGCGAUCUGAAUGCCCCUGCACUGAUGCUUUGGUGGACAGUGCAUUGGCCACCACCGAUUCCUCAUACGUCUUGGAAUGUUUGCAUUGAAGCCAGCUGAUUCGACCCCUGACGCCGUUCGUGCGCUGGCCAGAUAUACCAAAAGCGGC